UUGUCGUCGUAUAGUGAACAAAAAACCCACAGUAAUUGCAUUAGACGCUCAACAUUUUCGGGCUGAAGUACAAUCAAUCAUAAUCUACCGACGAUCGCGGAAGGUCGUCCGCAAUCGGUGGCGCGCACAAACAUUAGAUGCAUGCGAUACGGAACAAUACGAUCAAACGCGAGCGCUAGCUCAUCCUCGGACCGUCACGUUGUUUGACUAGGUGUUGAGUGUGUGGAAGCAGUUCAAAUGAAUUUUGGUUUAAGAUAUGAAAUAAAAACCACGCAACCCAACAUGUGGGGAAAUUAUUUUGACAUUUCGAAUCCGGGUGCGGUAAGGUUUGUCUUCCAUCCCGGUUUUUGGCCGGUGUGUUUGACCAUGAUCGUGAGGCGAGUUUACGAGUUUAAGAAUGAUUUAUUUAAUGUUUGAUUUAUAAAAUCAAGCUAAAAAAGAAGACAAAAAAAACAUCUGUAAUCCCACGACAGUAAGGAUGGGGAGGAUUUGUGACUGAAAAUCCGACAAAGAAUGAUUUUCCCUCUUCUGUCUUUAGUACCGGUUUCUGUGGAGAGAGAAAUAAAAUUCAUUAUGCACACCAAAAUCCGAGGAGCUUUAAAAUUCGUUUGUGCGUUGUUACUAGUUUUAUUUUUGUAUUUAUUUUUACUCACCAAGCUUGGGUUAAAUGAGUGCUCAUCAAUUCAUGCGAUGCUGCUGACGUUCAACCAACCGGAAGGUGUUAAGUUCAAAUUUUACUCAUGACGGCAUGUACGCGUAAAAGGAGAAAAAAAACUGCAACCACCACUGCUGCGGUCAUCUUACAGCAGAACAAUUUGCUACGAGAGUGCUGGGAAGAUUUUUCACAUGGAAACCAACCGCGCCAAAAAAUGCCCGGAAGUAUGUUGGUGGUGCGAUAAAAAGAAAUAAAACCCCUGUAGAUAAUGCAAACAGCCGUGCAUUGAACCGAUCAGCGUGGGGCGUAGUGUUUGCGAAGCUACUCAGUGCUCUCUUGACAUUUGCGGUACGUGUGUGUGUGUUAGUACGUGCAUAAUGCUGAAUGAAGUAAUCAAGAACGCGAGAAAAAGGUCCCGGGUAGCAUAGAGAAGAGGAUGUAUGACAUUUUCGUAUGGAUUCAUCAUCCACAGGGAGGAAUCGCGGUGUGUGCGGUUGAAUUGAAUCUUCGCGUAUGUACUUUGAUGGAAGGCGGAAAUACCAUCUCGAGCGGCGGUUAUGGUGGGAUCAUUAGGCCGUUGUGCAGAAUGUCGAAUUGAAAGGAAAUGUUUAGCUAAUCUCCAUUUGUGAGAGAACAUGAUGCUCGGGCUGAUGCGAUUCCGGCAUGAGUUUGAAGUUUGGUUGUUUCGGGGGGUUUUCCCAAGGAUGUUUCAUUCAUGUUACGAAUUUAAUUUGCGAAUAAAAAUGAUUCGAAUCGCUUCUCGAGCGAACAAAACGAGCUAAGCAAAAGGAGAAGACAUUGCGUUUGCGAUUAGAUGCCGAUUUUGAACCAACUUGAAUUAUUAUUUGUUACGGCAGACAAACCGGAUUUGAGGAAUUAUAUUAUUUUCUAUACAUUGCAUAAUAUUUAAAUGUAGUUCAUAAGAACAAACAGUUUAAUUCGUUCAUCAGAGUCUAUCGCAGAGGAAAAAGAUCUUUACAUCAUUGAUUCAUACUCAUUGCUAAGUGAUGUUGUGCGUCUAGUGGAGUGAUCCUGGGUUAUUUAUUAUGAGCCUGACAUGAUGUAUUUUGAAAAAAAUCUCUAAGAACAAAUAAAACAUUUGUAGCACACAAUCCAGAUAAAAAAGAGAUAUUCAUACGCAGAGUAAAGCAUCACAACAAUCACAUGUGUUGCGAAGAAGAAAGAUCGAAAACUGAAGUGCUCUUCUCAGGAUAAGGUUAGGAAACCAAAGGGAUCCAUUUAUAAGGGCUUGUUUUUGCUUCUUAACAACGGCCAGGCCAGAUAUCAAGACUUUUUUGUUUACCACGUAGCGACUGGACAGCAGGACUGACUAUGUCCAUGGGGAGACGGAUGGGAAUUUAUUAAGGCUUGAGGAGUUAAAACCUUUAUUAGAUAUGCAAAAUAAUUCCAAAUAUUUCGGCAGAUAAACAGGUGGGGAGAUUUACACUUCUGGAGGGCCCUAAGCGGACGUGUUAGGCCCUAAGGAGGAAAGCAGGAUCUAAGUGGGUGGGCCCCUGCGAAAUGUUUGCAUUGAGAAAAUAGUUAGGAUUUUAUAGACUUGCGAGCACGUGGCUUCUAGCGGUCGAUUAGUCCGCUUACCGAUAAACACGCUGCUUCAGAUAUAUCAUUGUCAUCAAUUCCAUUAGAAUAGGUGUACCUCGUCUAAUUGGUCCCAGUAUAACAAAACUGUUAUACGGUGCUAUUCUAAAGUCUUCUCGCACUUAGCAAUAGUCGACUUUCGGUGAGUCUAUUUUGCCUCAAGCUGGGUGCUAAUACUAACCUAUCCAAGAAACUGAAGCAGUUAUUCUGUGGUCCAGUAAUUCAGACGUAAAGUUGAAUCCAGUAGGUAUGAUACUGAUACUGUACUUCUCGAAUUUUGAGUAACCUUGCUGCAAUUGUGUGAAAAUCCGCUGUUGCAUAUCGGCUAUAUCCUCAAAUCCCUUGCUCUGUAGGUCAGCAGCAUAUUACGCACCACACGGUUGGGACAUCUUUUUCGCUCAAUUGCAACAAAAUUGUCGAAAAAGCAGCACACGCUGUAUGUAAGCUGUUUGUGAAGAUAAUUUUCACCUUCGAAAACCAGGUUUGCCCAACCGUAUCUCCUCCGUAUGGAAGGGUAGAUGACAUUGUGUCCUAAUACUCGCUCGAAGUAUAUAAAGUCUAACGGUAAAUCAGGGAUAGGUGUCACAUCCGAUCGGACCUCUUAUCGGACAGUACAGUGUUUUUUUUAACAGCGUGUAAGUCUAGCCCUAGUUGCCGGUCACUAGAGAGUCACAUUUUGCUGCGGAUUAAGUGUGAGAAACUCGUGAGCCAAGGUCCGGUUCCGACAUCGGCACACCCGUUAGCAGCCGGUGCAGGUGUUAAUUUGUUCGCUAAUUGUGCCGUAAUCAGUUGGAAAGGGAAAUUGAAUACGUAAUCAGUCAGCCGUGGUAAAGAUGAUGGUACCGAAGAUGCGAAAUCUAUCAUUUACGCUGAAGAUACACCUGCUGCUGCUGUUGGUGAUCGGAGGUGCCAAGUGUGAUCCACAGGAAGGAUACUUUUAUCCACGUCCAACGCCUCAAUGUUUGCCAGAAAUCUUUACCGAAACGGUUACGGAUUAUGCGACCGAAACGUUGAACCACUUCUUCACGGACGUCAACACGGUAUACCUGACGGACUAUUUGACCUCCACCGUGGUAAACCCGGUACUGAUCACCUCUACGGAGUAUGCCGUCUCCACCGUCUUUGUACCGCAGCUGGAAUAUGUGACCGAAACCAGCACCCUGGUAUUGCAGCCAAGUCCCGUCGUACAGUACGUGACCGAAACCGUGCUCUCAACCGUUUUCGCUCAGGAAGGCUUUAGUGGGGCCGCUGGUAACACUUAUCUACCACCGGAUCCGGUCCAUGUACCGGUUCCAGUGCCGAAUCCAGUUAUCAUCAACAAUGGUCUUCAGCUGCAGCAUCCACCACCACCACCGCCGCCACCAUACAUUCCACCGCCGCAGGUGUCUCUGCCACCGGUGCUGGAGCAUCCCGUGACACAUCAACCUUUCCUGGCGCUUGGUGAAAGUUUCGAAGGACACCGAUUGCUCGGCGAACCGAGCAAUGGCGUCGACGGGUUUGGAGGAUUUCACUCGCUGCCAAACGUUCAUGCAGUGCCGCCGACGUACGAUGAUCACGAGGGUUAUCGUUACAAGCGCAAGCUGAGCGUGGAGACGUCGAAAAAAACGCCAACCUCAACGGUUUCGCUAAAGUCGACGUGAAACCGAAGAUGGA